AAGGGCUCAAGGGUGACUUGAGUGGAGAAGAGCUUCAAUACCUAGACGGCCACAGUGGAGGCCCAUUACCGGCGCCGGAAUCAUGUCGGCGCUGGACAUGUCCUUGGAGGACGUGAUCAAGUCGAAAGGCGGCAACAGCAAGCGAGCCGCACGUGCUGGGAAGGCACCAAGCAACGGGGUGAAGAAGGUUCAAAACACCGAGCGCCCCAAGAGCAAGACCGCCACUGCCGGCCUGGCACCUGCGUUGAAGGCGGCCGCGGCUGCGGCAGCAGCAGCCUCGAAACCUGCACCGGCAGCGUCGAAGGCGAAGGCCUCCAAAGACAAGGAUGCCAAGGAUGGGAAGGAGGCAAAGCCGACCAAGCCAGUCAUCCCCGCCAUCACGCCUGGCAAAGCUCCGAAGGGUCCCGGCGGCGCAGCCGGCACGGAUGAUAAGCUGGGCAUGACUCUCGAUGACGUGAUCCGGGUGCAGGAUACCAAGAAGAAGAAGGUCACAGAGCCUCGUGAUAUGAAGCGUGAGCGAGUUCCGGGACUUCGAGGACGCGGAGGUUUCCGCCAGAGGGUGGCGCAAAGGCAGAUGGUUCGGAAGCAGACCAAGCAAUCUGCGCGAACACAGGUCCGAGCGGUGCGCGGCCGCGGUGCCACACGAGCCUCCCAAAAGGAGGACUUUUGGGGAGGCACGCGGACGGCCAAGGCCUGGGAUGGCCCAAACCGCUCGGACUGGUCCAGUGAACGAGGCGGAGGCAAAGGUGGCAAGGGCGAGAGGCGCCGUGCGUUCGACGAGUGGAGCGAUCGCCGCGACAUGCGCGACACGUGGCGUGAUCGCCGUGACGAUUGGGAUGACUGGGGCUGGGAAGGUGGCAAGGGCAGCAGCAAGGGCGGAGGAGGUGGCUGGAAUGAUGAAGGCUAUGGACCGUCGGGAAGAGGCGGCGGUGGCGGUGGCGGUGGCUAUGGCUAUGGAGCAGGGAAGGGCAGCUGGGCUAGGGAGGCUCCUUGGGAGAGUGCACCCUCCGCUCCUGUUUGGGGUGCUCGACCCGCACCGUACCGGCGGCCUGAGCCGAUGCUGCAGUGGGACAGGGCCCCACCUGCUGCACCGGUGCAGCGUGUCCUCGGGGCCCAGCGCGAGCGCUUCGAGCGCCCCGAGCGCGAGACGCCUCGCGAGCGCCUCCCCGAGCGUGAUGCGCGCGAGCGCUUCGCCCCGCGCGAGCGGGAGCGUCCGGAGCGCGUGGAGCGAGUGGAAAAGGUGGCAGAGAAGGUCCGGAAGACCAUCCGGGUCUGCAACGUGCCGAAGAACCUGGAAGACAGAGACAUCCAGGAAGCCUUCGAGGACAUUGGCCGCGUCACCCAAUGCGAGGUGGAGCGUGGAGUUGCCAUCAUCACCUUCGCCAACUCCUCACACGCCAAGAAGGCGGUACAGACCUUCGAUCGUGGGGAACUGAACGGCCAAACCAUUUACGUCUCUGUGCACGAGCCUUGAUGUG